ACGUUGAACUCGGAACGACCACCUCAAUCAACUCCAAUGGCAAGUAUCCUUAUCGUGACCACAGCACUGCUUGUCACGAUAGCGCAGGGGGCAAGUUACGUUGAUCUCUACAAAAACGCGGACUACAAGCACAAGCUUCUUCGGGUGGAAGACAUUGAGGUUGAUCAUUGCUACGUCUUCGCGUGUGAUGCUCUGGACAACACUAUCACGUCUGCCAAGUGGGGUGGCCUUCCUGAGAAAACAUCAAAGGGAGACGAUGCAAUGAUAUCGUUCUACACCGACCGAGACUGUCGAGAGCAUAAUAUCUGGUGGCGUACCAAAACCCAGAGCGAUGACGAUCUGUACUUCCCUUCAAACUUCCGACUCGACGGGAUCAACGACCAGAUUUCGGCUUUCAUGGUGUGGGACACCAAGAAGAAUCUAGGCGGGUGGCUUGAGUGCGUUGACCCAGAAUUGGAAAACACGGAGAUGUCUGGAAGCGGGAAUCGCACCAACAGUACUGUUGAAUACCUGUAAUUUCAGCUCGAAAUUUGUCCUGGGUACAUUUUCCAUUUGAC